CUGCAGAGAGGGCCGACGCCCCAAGCACCAACGUCAGUCGCCAUGAGCGGUGUCGGCAUUCUUGCUGUGUGAGGCCACGCCCGCCGUGUUCGAUCAAGUGCUCCGGAUACACAAACUUCCAAGUUCCAAGUUCUUCAUCAGACGUUACUACCUCGUCCUGUCCUUGUAACUUGUCCCUCUUCGGCUGCCUAGAGCACACCACAGACGAACAUUGACCCCAACUACACCAGCAACCACAAGCAUCUUUCUUGUCUUGGACCGAUCACACUCAUGGCACCGGAACCAACGCACCAACGCAUCCAUCCCGUUCCUUACCCCUGCUCGCCAUCUUCGAUAAUUCUCUGCCGACCACACAGCGUACCCUUGGCACAAGAGCUUGCAGCGUGCGUGCAGUGUUCUCCUGCAUGGCAUCCACAUCUCUAGCGCCCACCCACCGGCCUGCAUUGUGUGACAUCCGCUGGCGGGGAACGGCCAGAAUCGUGGCCAGCCAAUAUUAAAGUACGGUCAGCCGCUGGGCCUGAUGCCCUUCACAUUUACCCAUCCCGAGCCAAAGAAGCCCUCCGUCCCUCUUCUGCUCCUUGAUUGCACACAGCACGACCCCAGAGCGGCCGCAGCCAGUUGACCCCUCCACAUGGCAUAUUUGCCGUCGUAUCACCACCCAUCCAUCCUCCACAAACUCUCCCAAAUGCCACUAUACUCUUAGCCUUGAUUGAAUACCCAUAUCCAUCCCGGCUGUACCACUUGUAAGCAGCGUGACGGCUCGGGUACUGUCGACAUUUGCACUUAUCGCGCUCCCCACACACCCAGGAUCGAGCCACUGGGACCUCUUCAUUCCGGAACGUCUCUGAUCUCACCUCCAUAUAUCCCUUGGUGGUGCCCCGAAUUCGCGACUUGGCAGGCUCCUGCCCAUCAUCUACUUGCCCCGUCUCUCGUUACACCGUCGUAGCAUCGCCGCGUCUGCUACUCAUAGUCACGCCUCCGCCUGGGAGGGAUUCGGUAUUCCACCCCCACCAUUGUCAUCAGCAGCUUCAGAAGCCGAACUCACUCGGACCCGGGCGAGAACUUUUGUGGCGAGAGCAGCCGGCGAAGAAAGCGCCACUACGCCAACAAAUCAUAUAACAGAACCCGCUCCGUAUGUCGACAUAACCUACAAUCAUCUGCGCGCUUCACCGCGUAGCUUGACUUGAGCUUCCCGCCUCUCCAAAAACCAUGGCUACUCGAAUUCGCGAGAUGGCAGACGCUGCCAGCAAAACGGCGGUGCAACUAGUCAAGCGUAUAGCUAUUACUCCCAAGCCCGACAGCCCUCCUGGUCUAAUAGAGGCCUUGACGGUGGACCCGUGGGCCAAGUCCGGGAAGUAUGGAAUGGGAUGGACCUACUUCGCUCUAGCUCUCAUGGGGACGGUCUUGCUCAUGCGGUUUUGGCACUUUUGGCAGGACAAGAUCCGGCAGGCCAUUUACAAGCAAGAAGUAGAGGAAUACUACGCCAACUUAUACAACACCGACCCCGACUACGCCCACGCAGUCCACACGGGGCAAGCACAGCAUUUCUUUCCCGAUUCCGAUGGACUGGGAGAGAAGCAGUUCAAACCCAGGGCCCAUUUCUCCUCUGUUGGUUUCGUCAACGAUACGCUGGCCCUUUUCCGCUGGGUAUUCUAUCGGCCCAUUCCUGACUUUGUCUGGGGCAGCCACCGAUUCACCUUCUCCUCGCUGGCUGUCGUCACCUGUGGUCUCAUCGCCCUGGCCUUUGUGACGCUCUACUGCUUCCUCCAACAACCGCUUUACUGGCAAAGCAUCCAAUUCGGCUCUCCACCCGUUGCGAUCCGCUCCGGAAUGAUUGCCGUCGCCCUCACGCCCUGGAUCAUCGUGACGAGCAUGAAGGCCAACGUCAUGUCCAUCCUCAUUGGCAUCGGUCCCGAGCGACUCAACGUCUUUCACCGGUGGGCAGGCUACCUUUGCCUCUUCCUGUCCUUGGUGCACACGAUCCCUUUCUACAUCCAGCCCGUCUGGGACGAUGGCGGCAUGGACGUCUUCUCACGCCUUUUUGACGGUGGAAGCGGUGUCAUCUACGGCACGGGCAUUGCCUGCCUCGUUCCCCUGGUCUGGCUCUGCGUCGCGUCAUUGCCGUUCAUCCGCCGCAUCGCAUACGAAGUCUUUGUCAUGCUCCACGUGCCUGUUGGCAUGGUGUACGUCGGACUCUUGUUUUGGCACACCAAGAACUACCUGGCGUCCUGGGACUACCUGUGGGCAACGGUCGGCAUCUGGGUUCUCUGCUACCUAAUCCGCCUGGUCAACCUCAACUGGACGAGGCCAUGGCGGUUGAGCUUCAUGGUCGGCGAUGAAGCCGCCAUCAGCCUCCUUGCCGAAAACGCCAUCAAGGUCACAAUUCCAACUCAGAUGCGCUGGAAGCCGGGCCAGUAUGUCUACCUCCGCAUGCCGGGCGUUUCCUUUUUCGACAACCACCCUUUUACUAUCUCGUCGCUCUGCAGCGAGGAUUUCCCCUCGGAGUAUGGCGAGAACUAUCGAGACUGUAUCCUUGUUUUCAAGCCCUACGGCGGCUUCACCCGCAAGGUCCUCGACAUGGCCAUCGAGAAGGGCCCAUUCCACACGUAUCGUGCGUUCCUUGACGGUCCGUACGGAGGUAUGCGCAGGGACCUUGCCGCCUUCGACACGUGCAUUCUAAUUGCAGGCGGAAGCGGCAUUACGGCGUUGAUGUCACAAUUGCUCAACUUGAUCAAGCGCAUGCGUGAUGGAAAGGCCAUCACGAGGAAGGUGGUAGUGGUAUGGGCCCUCAAGAGACUCGAGGCGAUGGAUUGGUUCCGCGAAGAGCUCCGGAUCUGCCGCGAAUCCGCGCCCCCAGAGAGCGUCACCUGCAAGUUCUUCGUCACCUCGGCUGUGCGCAACCGGGCCAUGAUGAUGGGAGAUGUAGACCGCACCGCUCCUCGAGCAUUGAGCCAUCUAUUCCACGACAAGCUGGACGGUUUCGUGGCUGGUAUCGCAUCGAAGCGCAACUCGGCUCUCAUUCAAUCUGUGGCACAGGGCGACCCAGACCGUGAGCAGGAAUUGCGCGCCGAGCAGGAGGACAAGAUCACGGCGCUGCCACAACAGAAGUAUCUACAACCUCACCAAUAUCCUCCACCACCACCGGGACCGCCGCCCUCACAUCGGUACUCUGCCCAAGAAGAAUCAUUACGAAAGCUCGAGGGGCGCGAGGGCGACGAGGAGGGAGACAGAGACACGAAGAAGCGCGAGUUCCACUUCCCCCCAAUCAACACUAAGGGCGAAGUACCCCAUUUCAACUACGCGCCGGCAUCGCCUCGGAAAGUGCCCGAAACAAGCCCGCGGAACUCUGAUGUUCCUCUGAGACCGCCCGAAUUGGCGCACUUGAGGACGACCAACCUCCCGGGCGCCGGCCAACCCCGUCCAACCAGUACGUUUGGUCCGCCGUCGGGCUUCGACUUUGGCUUCCCCGAGACGCCGACUGAGUUCCAAAAGAGCCUGAUGCGCUUCGCCUUCCCUGUGCCGCACCAGAUCGACGGCGGUUGGUCGGUCGAGUACGGCCGGCCUGACCUCGGGUACAUGCUCAAAGAGUGGGCCACCGGAGGGGCCGACGGAAGGGGGAUCCUCGGCCGGCGUACGGCGGUGUUUGUCUGCGGCCCGCCGGCCAUGCGCGUGGGCGUCGCCAACACGGUGGCGCGGCUGCAGGCGGCGAUUUGGGGCGACGAUAUGCUGGAGGAGAUCUACCUGCACACCGAGAACUAUGCCCUCUGAAUCAAGGCGAUGAGGGGAAGGGAGGGCCUGUAUUUGUAAUGACGUGAUGGAUGAUAAUUCCUGGCGUUCGAUACCACGGUUGAUAGUUGUUGCUUAAUGGCGGAGAAGGGUUCAUGGUGCUUGUCAAAAUAUGACCACGUCUGUCUCUCUGAAUUC